AUGAGUGAAAUCAAGCUCUUCUACAAAAAAGGCGCCUGCUCGCUGCUUCCUCACAUCCUUCUCCACGAAGCGGGCCUUUCAUUCACCACCUCCGCUGAGAACAAUGUCUCCAUGUCGGAUGAGCUACUCAGCCUGAACCCCAAGGGCAAGGUGCCCCUCCUCAUUGCCAACGGCGAAGUCAUCACAGAAAACAUCGCUAUAAUGACCUACAUCAACAACCAGGUCCCCGAGAAAAACCUUCUCGGCGCAGCUGGAACCAUGGAGCCAAUUCGAGUUUACGAAUGGUUUUCCUGGAUCGGAAGCGCUGUUCACGCGGUUGGAUUUGGAGCUUUUUUCCGGCCACAGCGCUUCACAGUCUCUGAAAGUGCGGAUGUGCAUGCCGGAAUCAAAGAGCAGGCGAAGAAGACGUUACUUAGCAGCUUCAAUGUGGUUGAGGACCGACUGGACGGCGUCCAUGCCGUUGGUCGAAAGUUUACAGCUGCCGAUGUUUACUUGCUAGUAUUUUGGCGAUGGGCACAGUUGACCUUCGGAAUGGACUUGAAGGCCGAGUUUCCGAAGUACAGUGCUCUCGCGGAGACUGUGGCGAAGCGAGAGAGUGUUGUAAUGGCGAUGCAGGAGGAGGGUAUUUGA